UAAGAAUUAAAGAAAAACUGGGUGGAACGUUGCAGUAACCUCGCAAGUCCAGCAGAUGGUAGCAGUCCAACACGUUGAAUGUGGGCAACAGUUUAAAAGCCAAGGCGGAAGAAGACGCUUUUAUUUUGAAGUCGCCCAAGUAUUAUCUUACUUUGAAAUAUGUUUCAUAAUUUGCUUCCGGAAGUCGAUUCCCCCCAUCUAUCGCUCCGAGUCUUCAAUGAGGACUUCCAUGGAUCAGUCUGAAUGAAUUUUCUGCUUCUUCGUGGCGUGUAAAUCACCAGUUAUCGCAGCGUGGACAUGCAGAUCCUGACUCCGCAGGUUUUCUGGGCGCAGCGGCACGGAGAGAUUUUUCUCCGGGUGGAACUGAGCGAUGCUUCGGAUGUUGAUAUUAGUUUGCAGGGGCACAACACACUCCAGUUCAGAGCUCAGGGUCAUGGAGCUAAAGGAGACAACCAGUACGAGUUCAGCCUGGAGUUCCUGGAACCAGUUAAACCUGAGAUCCACCAAAAGUCGACGCAGCGCCAGGUGGACAUUAGGAUCCGGAAGCAGGACGAGCGCUGGUGGGAGCGGCUGACGCUGCGGGAGAAGAAGCCGCUGUUUCUGGCUCCGGACUUCGACCGCUGGUUGGAUGAGUCGGAUGCUGAGAUGGAGCUCCAGGCCAAGGAGAAGAUCAACAAGAUCAGCGUGGAGUCGAGAGUUCGUAAAGAUCCCUACGUGGGCCUGAAGAAGGGAUACCUGUUCAUGUACAACCUGGUGCAGUUCCUGGGAUUCUCCUGGAUCUUCGUCAACAUGACCGUUCGACUCUUCAUCCUCGGUCAAGACUCGUUCUACGACACCUUCCACACCACGGCGGACAUGAUGUACUUCUGCCAGAUGAUGGCCGUGCUGGAAGUCGCCAACCCCUUACUGGGUCUGGUUAAAACCGGAUUCUUCCCUGCGAUGAUCCAGGUGGCGGGGCGGAACGUCAUUUUGUUCGUCGUCUUCGGCUGCCUGGACGAGAUGCAGAACAAGGCCGUGGUGUUCUUUGUCUUCUACCUGUGGAGCUCCAUCGAGAUCUUCAGAUACCCGUUCUACAUGCUGGCCUGCAUCGGCACGGACUGGAAGCUGCUGACGUGGCUCAGGUACAGCCUGUGGAUCCCUCUGUACCCGCUGGGGGUCGUAGCUGAAGCGGUGGCCGUGAUCCAGUCCCUGCCCAUCUUUGACGAGACGCGUCUGUUCAGCGUCCCGCUGCCCUCCGCACUCGGACACUCGUUAAGUUUCUCCUACACGCUGCAGCUCUACCUGGUCCUCAUGUUUCUGGGACUCUUCAUUAACUUCAGACAUCUGUACAAGCAGAGACAGAGACGGUACCGAUCCCGGAAAAGGAAAGUCCACUAACGGAUCCACUUCCUGUCUUUCGCCUGACCUGAUCAGGGGUUUGGUUUCGCUCCAAUGCCUUCUCCACUUCAGACUUUAUCCUGUCAAGUCCUGCUCUCACUGAAUUUAUUGGUCAUUAUUUAUUUAAAGGAGCAAAUGCUACGUUUAAAACAUCGAUGGGCAUAAAAUAAGUUUUUAUUUU